CGAGUCUGCGCUGAUGACAGACGCACUUAGAGCCCUUUUGAAGCAGAAUCUGAUUACUCUCGGACGACUAGACGAGCAUCGAGCAAUGUUCUCACACUCCCCUGCACAAUCGAGCCCUUUCAUCGCCACCAAUCGACCUCAUCAUUUUCAUUGCUAUACGCCCGUGACACCUUCGCCGCUCCGGACGUCAAGGAAUGCGAAUCUCAUGCCUGCAUCGCCCGGUCACGGUCCCUCCUCGCCGAUAAUUGCAAGCUCGCCGCUGGGGAAGUUUGCGGUUAGCGAAGAGCAGGAUGAGAAUGUCACACCAAGCGCAUUCUUUGGCAGGACUGUAAAUGGCAACGACGGUGCGAUCGAAGGAUUCAGUGGUGUGCAGAAGACGCAGUUUGAUCUCUUGAGCAGGUACCGAGGUGGGACAGGAGGAGCUGGCAUGCAAAAGACGCCCGAGAGUCCGAAACAAUAUCCAAACAUGAACGGGUCUGUAGGCGGAAGUGCCUUGGUAACACCGCCGGACUCAACCUCGUCGAACUCGGCUUUGAAUGCAGACCGGGACGGUCGUGUCUCGGGAACUACGCAGUCAAGGUUUCUGUUUGGCAAUGAGAAGGCGACAGCGAACUCGGCAUCGUUCACCUUCAUUGGUGGGCAGAACGAGAAGAAGGAAGGGAUCUGGGAAUCUCGUGCUCGAAGUGCGAGUCCGGCUGCGGCAAUAGCACGACACGCGGCUCAGGGACGCGAGAAGAAGAAAUCUCAAUUCCUUGACCGAAUUCGGCGGAGACGAGAUGAUGCUCGGAGUGAAGGCGUGGGAGACCAGGUCUUGAGGAUGGAUUUCGUCAGAGAGAGGAGGGUGUGGGAGGACGAGAUGAGGCGGAGGGCGCUGGCUGAAGGUGAUGCCGACGUGCUUGAGGAUGAAGUGAUGAGUGAAUGGGCAGAUAGUGAAGGUGAAGAAGGACACGAGGAGAUGUCGCCUACGGAAGAGUACGAUCCGGAGGCUGAAGAGUUGGGCAUCUACUACGACUACGAAAUUGGAACAGACCCAGGAACGCAUGCGCAGGGAAGGGGAAGUUCCAGGACAGGUCCUGCGGAUGGUGAGGACUUUAUUGUGGACGAGGACGAAGAGUAUGAAGAGGUGUUUAGGGAGUUUAUCUUGAGAGAUCAGGGGCAGGGGCAGGGGCAGCAUCGGGAGUCUGUUCCUCAGCAGCAGAUGGAGGGGCACACGCAUGGCCAGCAAUCUAGGCAUGGGGAGUACGAGGCUGGAAUGGAUCUCUCGUGAUUGAUUUGACACCGGUCUUGUUUUGUUGUUGGAGUCGUCAGACCAACUGAUGGUCCUUCCUUUGAAGCUGGAGGUUGUUGGCAAUACACUUUGAGUGCGUGCUUGUGAGCAAGUACUAUCGGCGAGCUCGGGAUGUUUUUAUGCAUUGGAGGCUCGUCCAAAGAGCCAUGAUGGAGCACGUCUUUUUUUGUGCCAGAGAACCCCGCGAAAUGCAUCGAGACUCGUGCGGUGCCCAUUCUAUAGUGUAAGGUAUGCAUAGAUGACAAGAAUGAAUAGUACGCUGAUGACAGGGGCAUCACUCAGAGC